AUGGGGGCGUGUCUCCGGGAGAUUUCGACUCGUCCGUUUGGAUCGGCCUAUUUCACCACACCCACACCCAGUCCCCACGCCAUACCCACUCCCACCAUACCCACUCCCCACGCCCAUACCCACUCCCCCACGCCCAUACCCACUCCCCCACGCCCAUACCUAUUCCCCACCCAUACCUACUCCCCACGCCACACCUACUCCCCCACGCCCACACCCACACCUCCACGCCCACACCCACUCCCCAUCGCCCACACCUACUCCCCCACACCCACGCCUAUUUCACCUCACCCACACCCAGUCCCCCACGCCCAUACCUACUCCCCGAUGCCCACACCUACUCUCCCACACCCCCAGGCAUAG